GAACAGCCGCGGGACCGGGCUGCUGCGGAGAAGGAGGCAGGAAGCGACGUCGCUUCGACCGCCGUCCGGUGUCAGGUGGCCGCGCGGAAAGGACAGCCGCGGACAGCCUCAGGCCACGCCGCGCAGCCACUCCCAUGAGCGCUUGGCCGCCUGCCCUGACCAGGGGCCCGGAUCUCCCGCUUCUGCGCCUGCUACUACCCUCGCUGCUCUUCACCUCAGCCCUAUGGCCGGCAGCCCGUGCACGAAACGCCUCAUGUGGCGGCUUCCUGACGCAGUUCCGGGGACACUUUCAGUCGCCAAAUUAUCCCGACCACUACGACGACUCUGCUGUGUGCCGCUGGUACAUAUUCGCGCCAAAGGAGUUCGCCAUCCUCAUCGAGAAGCACACCAUCGACAUCGAGGACGAUGCGAACCGGGCGGACUGCCCUUACGAUUACUUGAGGUAUUCCUUCGGAAACUGGAAGAAGACCUUCUGCGGAAAAGGAGCGGUCGAACCUCUUCUCCUGGACACAAAUUUCGUUACAGUCGUUCUCAAAACGGACGCAAGUAUGUCUGGAACAGGUUUCAACAUAUCAUACAGAUUCGUCCUUCCCCCGUGCGUGCGGACGUUCACGUCUGGCGAAGGCCUGCUCGAGAUUCCCGAGGACAAGAGCAAGCGGAACGUGCUUAUUCGCCGCCGACGUUGGUGCUUCCGCAGUGCUCGCGGAAACAGCUACCAGUUCACCUUCGACUACUUCGACCUCAUCGGCGAGCCUCCAAAGUGCCGCCACAUGUACAUGAAGGUCCUGGAGAAGAACGAGGGCCAGGUACGCAGCCACUCGAGGAUGUGCGGCAAACUGAUCCCUGAGCCCGUGCACACGCGUAGCAGCUCGGUCUCUCUGCUCUUCCUGAGCGACCGCCCGCUUGACAAGAACGGGCUGCAUGUUAGCUGGAAGGUGUUCGGCUGCAACGAGGAGCACCGCGCGGCUGCCGGCAAGCUGCGGUUUCCGCGCGAGGGCGUGUACACCGCCUUCCCAGCGACCUGUCGUUGGACCGUCUACGCGAACAGUGACCAGACCGUCGAGCUCACGGUCACCAGGCUCAACCUGCUGCGCUGCGACCUCGAAUACCUCAGGAUUUUCGAAGGUGAGGGUGAGCGUCGCACGCUUUUGGACGACCUGUGCCGGCUGGACUCACCGGUGGUGAUUACAUCUACCCGCCGCAUUAUGACCCUCCAGUUGCGACUACACGCUCUACGUCGAGACGCUGUCGAGGCUGCUUACCAGAUGAGGGCCACGCCAUGCGGCGGCCUGUACGAAGCGAGCGAGGGUUCCAUCGUAUCACCAGCCGACUUGGCCGAAGCGGAAGGCGGCCUCACCUGCCUCUGGACUAUUCGCGUCAGGAGCAACUACCUCCCCCGCGUCGAGUUCAGGGAGUUCGCAUUCAGCGAGUCUGAAAAUUGCUCCUCCGGAUACAUCGAGGCCUACUUCCUGAACCAGGGCAGCCACAUGCAGCUGAUGCCCCGCCGCUGUGCGGCCGAGCCUCCACCGCCCGUAGUGGGCAUCGACAACGAGGUGCGUGUCAAGCUACACGUCGAGCAUCGCGACUCCCACACGCACUUCAGACUGCGCUUUCGAUCAGUGUGCGAGACCAUGGUGAUCGCAAACCGGACCGGUGGCGUGUCGCAGUCCUUCGGCUUUCCCAAGCUGUACGAACACGAGUCCGAGUGCAGCUGGAAUGUGUACGCGCCCAAGGGCGAGCGACUGGCGCUGUUCGUGACCGACCUGCGGUUCAGCAAGAGCAAGUACUGCGCCACGAGUGCGCUCACGGUGACGGACGGCACGCAACCCACGUCAUCUGUGUUAGCCACGCUGAGCCGGCCCGAGCCACGUGCCUUUCUAUCAAGCGAGGACGCCUUGUCGCUGCGCAUCUGCGGCGGCGUUGUCAAGUUCGUCUACAUGUCCGUGCCCAGUGAGACAUGCAGCAAGGCGGAGCAGCCUGUCACGGAGCCGCCGCGCCGUGAGGUCCCAGCCAAGUCAAAGGCUGUUGACACGUCGGUCGUGUGGGAAGAGAUCGACCAGACACCAAGCUGAGGACGAGUCCGGGCCUGUGCGGUCGCCGGAUGCCAGGGUGGCUCUUUACAAAUGCACAACUAUAUAGGAAGGUCUGAGACACAUGGGCGCAGAGAAGGACGUAGCAUGAAGCAUAUGCGCCGUGUCAUCUAGCGCUGCUGCUUUUGCGGCGGAUUUAAGCACUCUGGGCAUCCUCUCGGUGCUGCUACGGUCCGCAAAUCAGAUACAAUCAGCAGCGACUGGCGCAGCGUAACAGCCGAUUCCUGCCAGCAAGGAAACCUCCAAAUGUUUUAUAGCAGUGUACGUCCAUUUGGCGACGGAAUCGCCUGCUUAGUAUAGUAGCGUUAGUGCUCUAGCCAGAUAAUUACGGCGCAAAUUAAACGUGCAUGACGGAGAGAAGCCUGGCAGGACAGGCACAUGCUUUUUUCAGGUUUUCAUUGUCACCACAAGACAUACGUGCUCGCUUGUGUAGCUUUGUGAAAAUGGUGACUGGAAUACUGGAUUAUUAUGUUCAAAGGUAACCACCAGUUCUUGUUUUCACUGCAAAAGCCUAGUUAACGCGGAUAAAUAUGGACUGCCACGAAGCAAUUAGCGUGACGUAAACGAUAAUUUCAUUCGGCAAAUCUCCUACACUCCAAGGCGGACUUUCACCUCUUAUUUGCUGUUAUGGAUG